GCUUGCCAAAAUGAAAGCUUUCUCAUCGUAUGAUGAGAAACCACCAGCACCACCAAUUCGUUUCAGCAGCUCGGCAACGAGGGAGAAUCAGGUCGUCGGAUUGAAGCCAUUGCCCAAAGAGCCAGAAGCAACCAAGAAAAAGAAGACGAUGCCUAACCCGUUCAUGAAAAAGAACAAAGACAAAAAGGAAGCGUCAGAAAAACCAGUGAUCUCUCGACCGAGCAAUUUCGAACACACAAUUCAUGUCGGAUAUGACCCAAAAACCGGCGAAUUUACGGGAAUGCCUGAAGCAUGGGCACGUCUUCUCACAGACUCACAGAUCUCAAAACAAGAGCAGCAACAGAAUCCUCAGGCAGUGUUGGACGCGCUCAAAUACUACACACAAGGCGAAAGCAGCGGCCAGAAGUGGUUGCAGUACGAUAUGAUGUUUAUAGAUGACGCACCUUCUCGGACGCCAUCAUACGGACUGAAACCGCAACCAUAUAGCACAUCAUCCCUGCCGUAUCAUGGCAAUAAAAUUCAGGAUCCAAGAAAGAUGAAUCCAAUGACAACCAGUACAAGUAGUGCGGGGUAUAACAGCAAGCAAGGAGUUCCUCCGACGACGUUUAGUGUAAAUGAGAAUAGAUCGAGUAUGCCACCGAGUUAUGCACCGCCACCGGUCCCCCAUGGUGAAACUCCUGCUGAUAUUGUUCCUCCCGCUAUCCCUGAUAGGCCGGCAAGGACGUUGAGUAUUUACACAAAACCGAAAGAGGAGGAAGAAAAAAUUCCAGACCUUUCAAAAGGACAAUUUGGUGUACAGGCCAGAGGUCAAAAAGCUAAGAAAAAGAUGACUGACGCUGAAGUGCUGACUAAGCUCCGUACCAUUGUGUCUAUCGGAAAUCCAGAUCGAAAAUAUAGAAAAGUUGAUAAAAUCGGCUCAGGUGCAUCUGGUUCUGUGUACACCGCUAUUGAAAUUAGUACCGAAGCGGAGGUGGCUAUCAAGCAGAUGAACCUGAAGGAUCAACCAAAGAAGGAAUUGAUCAUUAAUGAGAUUUUGGUGAUGCGUGAGAAUAAGCAUGCAAAUAUUGUAAAUUAUUUGGAUUCGUAUUUGGUGUGCGAUGAAUUAUGGGUAGUGAUGGAGUAUCUUGCCGGUGGAUCAUUGACUGAUGUUGUCACGGAGUGCCAGAUGGAGGAUGGAAUUAUUGCAGCUGUUUGCAGAGAAGUUCUUCAAGCGCUUGAAUUCCUCCACAGCCGCCACGUCAUUCACAGAGAUAUUAAAUCUGACAAUAUUCUUUUGGGAAUGGAUGGUUCGGUGAAAUUGACCGACUUUGGAUUCUGUGCUCAGCUCUCGCCGGAGCAAAGAAAACGCACGACAAUGGUCGGAACUCCAUACUGGAUGGCGCCGGAAGUGGUGACCCGCAAACAAUACGGACCCAAGGUUGAUGUGUGGUCCUUGGGAAUCAUGGCGAUUGAGAUGGUCGAAGGAGAACCGCCAUAUUUGAAUGAAAAUCCACUCAGGGCUAUCUAUCUCAUUGCUACAAAUGGCAAACCCGACUUCCCUGGAAGAGAUUCCAUGACUUUGUUGUUCAAGGACUUUGUCGACUCUGCGUUGGAAGUACAAGUUGAAAAUCGAUGGUCGGCAAGCCAACUCCUUACGCAUCCAUUCCUCCGAUGCGCCAAACCGCUUGCUUCACUGUACUACUUAAUCGUUGCGGCGAAGAAGAGCAUCGCCGAAGCUAGCAACUCAUAAUUAUGAUGAUUGUAUUCUCAAUACACGACGUGUAUUUCUUGUUCUUCUCAAAUCUCAAGUCGUACUUACUUUGAAACUGUUUUCUUUUCUCUCCAUCUCAAGUCAUUUCUAACUAUCUACUUUGAGCCCAACUUACCGUUUCCCAACAAAAAAGUCACACCUUAGUAAUUUGUGUAAUGUUUUCUGGAAUCGAUCACGAGUAAAAAUUCAAGCCCCUUCAUUAUUUCACAUCUUCCCCCUCUUUAUCUCUUCUCGCAAUGCACAAUUUGGACUAUCUCUUUUUUCUUGUUGUUGAGCGUUCCCAAUCAGACGACACACUUCAAUUAUUUAUGUAAGUUUUUUGUCUUCACUUUGUCUUCUUUUCAUUCGGUUUCUUGCAUUUGUGUCGUUCGAACGGAAAUCUACAGUUAACCAGCUUUGCCCAAAUUUCCCUAUUUCUUUUUCAAGUGUCUGUAGGUGGGAACUAUUGAAACUCUGUUUUCAUGUGGUUUCCAAUUUAAAAAUCGGCCAUAAGGUCAAAAUCUUAAAUUUUGUCUCAUGACGUUUGAAACAAUUGAUCAUGUUUAAUAAAAGAGAGAUGAAUUU